CUUAGAUGGGAAUUCACUGGUUCAUUCCAAAGUAUUCGAAGCCAUGGAAACUAUAAAAUUCAAACUAUCAAUGCAGCAUAACUUAAUCCUCGUUUCCUCUAUGCUUAUCAUUUUAUGUGCAAUAAUUCCAAGUGUAUCAACACGACCAACAGACACGGAUAAUGGGGAUAACAUUAAACUUAGAAAACGCCCUUCACUUGCUAAUAUCAGACAUAGUAUUCACGAAUUGGAACAAAUUGAAAGAUACUACCAGCAACUUCUUAUACGAGGAUAUCUUCAAGAUAGUGAUCUUCGUCGAUUAGAACUUUUGCAAGAAUUUAUCGAGCUAUUGAGGAAUCGUUUACGUGCUCUUACUAUCCAGGAACAAAGCUAACAUUGAUGUACUCAAAUAGUGAAAUCAAUGAAACGUCGACAGAAAAUUUAGAUUAUAUAGUAGCCAAUUAUUGUGAUAUUUGUAUCAUAGUGCAAUCAUUUCAUAUGUCAUCUAUUUCAGUCAAGAAUUUCGCAAAUCUGAU